AUGUAUUGUAACGUGGCAUUACAGGAAGGCGACAAAGAGGACCCCCUGAAGUACUUCGCAGUAGAUCCACAUCUAGUCAAGUUGCACACCUUUGAAAUCCCCAUCUCCGGUACUUCUAAUAACGAGACUGCCAUCAACGUCGACCGGAAGGAGGCCAAUCGCUCGUCUUCUAUCCCACCUUCCCUUCUGGCCUCAGCUUUUACCCUGGGAGUCAGCGUCCGAGUGCGUCCGCUCACUUCCGAUGACUGCUCGCCGGCACUUCUGGAGGAGUCGGUGAGGGCUGUCGCCGAGACUAGUGCGAAAAAGGGCAACAAUGCGAUCGCGCAGGAUGAUUGCAUCAAAAACGGUGUAUUCGUUCGCACCGUGAUUCCCGGUGGCGCAGCUCACAAGGACGGACGGUUGCGGGUGGAGGACAGAUUGCUGGCAAUUGACAAUCGUCCCCUCUCCUGUCUCUCAUCCCCUGAUGCUCUUCAUUUGCUCAAAACCUCCAUUUCCCGCAUCACCGCCGACAGGGAGCCCUUCAUUCGCCUUUUGGUGUCGCGGAAAAGUCGAGGCUUGGACGUCUCGGAUGCGCCGCCUCCACUUCAGCCGCCAACUGCAAAUGCCUUUCAGAGGCGUCUUGGGGGCGUGAAUAGCUCACCAAACCUAAAACGAAGUGAGGGAGCGAACUCGGGAUCAUUAGAUAGUUUGCUGGCCGAUGCGGCUAAUCGCAUGAACUCAUUUGUGGUGCUGGCGGACGUCCACCAGACGGCCCAAGAUGCCACCGUAACCUCAGAGCUCGCCUCUCGGCUCGCCGCUUCCACGAGCGGCGGGGUUGUCCAACAUCCAACUGAUUUCAACAAACACCAAAAGAAUAUUUCGGGCGCUAAACAAUUAGCUGCUCAACCUAAUGCCGUUCGGAAAUAUUCCUCCCUCGAAGUCCUUGCAGGCCCAACCUCGCUUCUCCUGCCGGAAGCAUCGACCGCCUUAAAUUCGAAAGAAUUCCCCGAGAUUACGACUAAUGCGGACCAAAAACAGUCAGCUUCUGUCAAGGCACCACCCGCAACUCUCCCAAGUCCUGCCUUUCUUGUCGCAUCCUCAGGUGUUCAACCGGGGCAGAUCUAUCGUUGCGAUUCUCAGGGUACUGUCCACACCUCAACAGAUUCUGACUCCACAACCCUAAAUAACUUAUCAGGAAAGGCUGGUUUUGACGUACAACUCUCCGACAGCAGCGGUUACGAUGUCCUGGCAUUCGGGCCCUCGCUCACACACGAAGCAGACAACGUAGGAGGUGCCGCGUCAGAGCCGGAAGUGCUGCCCAGUCUCUGGCAGUCUGGUCGCAGGAGGCAUCGUCGCUACAGUCGACGACGAGCAAGGAACCACCGGACAGUCGUGGUCGUAAAGCAGCCCAAAAUCGAUCUCGAUAAGAUGGUCAUUGUUCCAUUUGAGAAGACAGAAGUGUCUGCUGGACUGCAGGAGUCUGUUGCAGUCCAGACAUCGCCUCCCGGGGAAAAUGAAAAAGUUGCGGAACCUGGAGAUCACCGAAAAAAACAUCAAACUGGACUUGGGUCCGUGUUUUGGAAAAGAACCAAGGCUAGCGGUGAUGAACGAGGUGGAACAUCUAACGUGAAACAGCCAAGCGACCAUCGAACCAAGCGUCAUCAUCCCUCGGAGAGUGCCUUGAAAAAACUCCUCCGCUUCGUGAAACCAUCUGGUCGAUCACAUUCCGAAUGUUCGGCUCCGGCUGCACGAAUAUUCUCCGGUCGGACCCUCGACCGGGGUACCGUGGCGUACACCUCAACUCACCACCCCAGUCUGUGUUUGUCUUCACGACCUCCUCUCAGAAGCUCACUCGCCAGUCCUGUCACCAUCUUUGUGGCCCACCGGAGCCACAGGCCCCCACGUCCUCCUCUUCAACUGAACACCGCUGCCGCCGACAGCCCCCAACUCCUAGUCCAUCGGGCCUGGAACGCCAGCGAUGCAAUUCUGAGGCAAGCGCAAUCGCUUUUCCCUUUGGAAGCAGGUGGCUAUUUCUCGCUUCCUGUCUUGGCGUGUUACCUGAGGAAAUUCUUUUAUCAUAGAAACGCUAGUAGCAGCCCCAUGCAGGCACACACGACAAAUCAAACGCCCCCAAGCGCUCUUGCCCUUGACUCAAGCACCCAAGUCACUCCAGCUGACGAGGGGAACUACGUCUCCUUGGGGCGGCGGCAAAACUACGCCGAACUGUCUUUUAUGCAGACGUCAGUCCCACAUCAGCAGCAGCCGCCGCCGCCCCGUCUUGUCCCCGGCAGUGCGGACUCCACCUUGGCACACAUCCCUCCCCCGAUGGCGGCUCUGAGUCUGACUAAGCUCAAGUCUGUGCUCUCCUCCUGUCCCCCACAAGCCCUAGAAAAACAGGAGGCUGAGGGCCAGUGUACACUGAUCACCUCUGGUAAAAGCAAGUACACAAUCAAUCAGCUCUACGACAUGGACUUGAGCUGCUGCUCUACCGCCUAUGAGUCCGUUGUGGACGUAAGAGUCGCAUUUAAUAUCUGA